AACUGUUAUGAAAGGAAGUAGUAUAUCACAAGAUUUACAAAUUUUGAAUGUUGAGGCGAACUUGAUGUCUAACAAAGCUAAAUGGUGAAAAAGAAUCUAUAUAACUGACUCUAACUAGUUUGAAAUUAAAUCUUAAUUGUUGUUAUUGUAUUAUUAAGAAUAAAUCCAAAUCAAUAGAACUCUCAAAACAUCCAACCUAUGUGUUGGAAUAAGGAGAGAAAGGAAACAAUAGAGGCUAACAAUUGAAUUCUAAGUGUAAAAAAGAUGGAGAGAAAAUAAGAUGUGAGUGAAAAGGGAAGUAAAUUUGAUUUACCAUCAAAUUUAAGAAAAUGACUUCACAUGGAGUGGUCUCCCAUGAUGUAAGAAUAUCCUUGUCAGUCAGUUGUCAAUGACUCAAUGAGAAUUGUUGUUACGGAGUCAUUACUCUCUCCUCAAAAGAUGCACUUAAUGGGGUGUGCAACACACCCCAGGAACCCCUCUUAUUUGACCGAUGUGGGAUGAGUGUAACAUUCUUCCCCACCCAAACUCGUGAUGCCCUCGUCAUGACUGGCUCACCCUGCCUACCUCGGUCUCGUUGAGAAGCUUGGCGUGAGGUCGGAUCAUUACGAGGUUAGCUCUAAUACCACUUGUUACAAGGUAAAAACCAUCUCCCCAAAAGAUGCACCUAAUGGGGUGUGCAGCACACCCACUUAUAUGCCCCAAGAACCCCUCUUAUUUGACCGAUGUGGGAUGAGCGUAACAUAAUGCCUGGGAACCCUAUAAUCUUUAUCUCUCGUCUCUCAUAAUGCCUUAUAAAUCAAGCUCAACCAAAACAAAAUCCCAUAAAAAAAACCCAACCAAAUAAAGAAGACAAUCCAUGGCUAAAUUUAGUAGCAGUCCUCGCGAAAAGAUCAGUGGCAUGAGAAAGCUCAAUGCCGUAGUUAAAAAGCUGCAAAAGAGUCUUCGCUUGGGGAAGAGAUCUAAUUCCUGCAAUAAUGAAUAUGUUCCUGAAGAUGUUGAAGAAGGACAUUUUGCAGUGAUAGCUAUGGGCAACGAGGAAAGCAGAAGAUUUGUUGUUCCAUUGCGUUUCUUGACUCACCCUGCAUUUGUGAUCCUCCUGGAACAAGCUGCUGAAGAAUUUGGUUUCAAUCCUGAGGGUGUUCUUGCAAUCCUCUGUCGUCCUUGUGAACUUGAGAGGAUACUGGCCGAGGAAUGCAGGUACUCAAGAGGAUGGGCUAUCUAG